AUGUCUUCCUCUAUCGCUACCUCGACCGCGUCACCGUCGCUGCAACCCGUGACGGCCCUAUCUCCGUCUGGGGCGCCUACGGAUAUGAUGAAUCCAACGCUGCAUGACUCGGUGCACUUGUCUGAAGAGCUCCAGCCACUUGAGACUGCAGGUACGGCCAGGGCUGCGGGGCGCGAGAACACUGGUAGGAAUUCGGACCCGCACGACCCCGUCGCUCGUGACGCCGGGGAAGGCGACCCAGCUGAGGCUGCUUGGCUCAGCGCCGCCACUGCUCCCAAGUGGAAAGAGAUGAGUCGACGCCCUGUCAGCAGCCAAUCAGAGCUCAACAUUCUGUCGCUGCUGAAACGACCCGCUGUCAAGUGCAGUGCCCACGCCAACGCCUCCUACGUACGCAUAAGUCAUGCGACGUGGAGGACAAGCAUCAAGAGAAUCAGUCAAGGUCACGCUCUGCAGGCCCACACGCGCCAACUUGGCCAAGCUGAUGGAGCUGGCUUCGGACGAAGCAACGACGCGCUCCCGUACCCCAAACGCAUCGGCACGACAACGUUUUGGAUUGACACGAGCGACGCCUUGAUGUCGCAAACGAACGACAAGAUCAUCAAGAGCCUUUUCGAGGACAACAAAGACGCUCCCUGGGCCCACCUCAUGCAAGACUUCGUGCAAGUAAACAAGGCACGUGGUGGAGAUGUUGUGGUCACCGUCACCUACGAGGCGACUCAGAUUGGCAUGUUCGGGCAGUCCAUCCGGUUCCUCGGCAAGGAGUUCUCUGUGGUGGAUUCCUCCACGACGGGGAAUCGGAACCCGUCCCAACGGCAACAUGCCGACCUACACGACCUGUACUACAUGGACAUUGUAGGUACGCGCUUCAACUUUGAUGCGCGAGCCGUCCUCAACGCCCUGCGUCGCUUGAAGACUAAUCCAGUCUUCAUCAGUUACAAACUUGCGUACUCGUCUUCGACACAAAAGUCCAAUACACAUCCCAAUAUUUGGCGGGUGUAUUUUAACACGCCCUCUCAGCCAGCGGCCCUGCUGGUGAAGGGACACCCGGUAGACCAAAUCAUGAUGCACGGGGUGCAUUACGGCGUGUUCGUCAAAGAUUACCAACUUGCACCGAGUCGCAAUGUGACAACUCCUGUACCACCACAUGAGGGGCACAGUUGCGUCCCCAUUACAGACAUCCCGAUCACAACGGACAUACCCAUGGAGGAGGAAAUUGCCCAGGUAGACCUGGACGCACCUAACGUGCAAGCGUCCACAGAAGUUUUCCAAUCAAGCAUGGAGGUCGAAGACUUUGAGAAACCUCGCAAGCCUCUGAAACGGACAUGCGAAGAGAAGGGGGACUCCAAAUUGAUUUGGGUCACCGAUAACAUGGCAUCGCGGCUGUCCAAAACCACACCAACGCAAACCAUACGACACCACACACACGACCUAACCGAACGCAUCUUUCUCAACCAUCUCCUCGACUUCACAACCAACUCCCCCCUUCCCCACCGCGACGAGCACAUCAACCAAGCCGUCGGGCAACGAAUCCUUGUUGGUCAACUUCUGGCACGACAUACAGUUGUGGCGCUCCAAGAAACCAAACUCCGAGACAAAUUCCAGUUCGAGAAGGUCCGAUUCCAUCUGGACCAUGCCCUCGGGAUCAACAACUACUUUCUCGCAACGAAUGAUCACCGUAGCGACUCCGUCGACCCUGAGGAGCGACGUAGUAGUGGUGUCAUGGUCCUCUUUCAAAAGGAAGUUCCGGGUUUCACCCAACUUCGCCAUCUUUCCGACCAGGAUAUUCGGGACAAAUACAUGCACUUUGAUGUGUACUUUCACAACGUAUAUGCACCCGUCUCCAACGACACCCGGGAGGAAUUCUUUGAAGAGUUGCCACGGGACUUCCCUCCCACAGCGAUUCAUAUUGUGAUGGGAUAUUUCAAUGUCCCCCAAGAUCGAGAAUUAGACUCGCUGGGCGACGUAGUUACACAUCAUUCUGGACGGCGUGAAUGCAUGACAUGGCUGCAACACCUUGGGGUCAUUGACGCGUGGCGACUUCAUCACCCACACGAUCAAGUGUUUUCCUCGCCCAAAGCCAAGCACCGAUUAGACUACAUCUUUGCGGAUACAUCUCUCGUACAGGAAGCCUACCUCAAGUCCUCCUACUUUGAGUGUCCCGAUCCGACGGAUCACCUUUGUCACUCGGUCACGUUGCUCCCCAGUGGGCUGGCUCGUUCUCGUUCCUCCUGGAAACUCCCCAAAGAACUUUUGGUUAUUCUGGAGGUCCAAAGUGUGAUCCGCGAGGAAGCUCGAGCCCUACUGGUACAACUCGACAAUGCCACAAACAUUGGUGUAUUAUGGGCUGGCUGGAAGAAACGCAUUCGACGCUUCCUACGGCAGAUGGGUAAAGACGCUCAGCUUUCUCCUGCUGAAAAAGGCGCAAUUUUGGCCUUCUGCAAGGCCGGAUGCUCCAACCGGGCCAUCGCAGGCGAGCUUGGAAGGUCGAAGGAUGUUGUGAGAUGCUAUUUAUGCGACCCAGAGGCCUACGGCACGAGAUACAACGGCAUGAAGCCGAAAAUUCUCGUUGGCAGUGCGUGCCGACUUAUGCUCCGGGAAGCCUCCAAGGUUGGAUCGUCCGCGCGACUGCUCAAGGCCACCCUGAAUUUGGACGCCUCACUCCGGACAUGCCAACGACGCCUGCAACAAAGUCCAAUUCUCAUCUACGAGAAGCGGAAGCACAUACCCAACAUCCAAGCCAAGCACAAGAUCGCGCGGGUGGAGUAUGCCAAGCGACACCUCCGUGAGUCAACCAAAUGGACGAGCUUGGAAGAGGCCUACGGCACGAGAUACAACGGCAAGAAGCCGAAAAUUCUCGUUGGCAGUGCGUGCCGACUUAUGCUCCGGGAAGCCUCCAAGGUUGGAUCGUCCGCGCGACUGCUCAAGACCACCCUGAAUUUCGACGCCUCACUCCGGACAUGCCAACGACGCCUGCAACAAAGUCCAAUUCUCAACUACGAGAAGCGGAAGCACAUGCCCAACCUCCAAGCCAAGCACAAGAUCGCGCGGGUGGAGUAUGCCAAGCGACACCUCCGUGAGUCAACCAAUUGGACUGAAAUCAUCUGGUCCGACGAGAAGAAGUCUAAUCUCGGUGGACCGGAUGGGUUUCAGUCCUAUUGGCUUGACUUACGGAAGGAGCCUGACACCUUUUUGACGCGCCAAAAGGGUGGUGGUGGCGUCAUGGUCUGGGGCGCUUUUUCGUCGAAAGGUUUGUCAGAGUUGGCCUUCUUGGAGGGCAACCAAAAGGCUGACGACUACGUCGAAACAUUGGAGAACUAUUUGCUCCCCUUUGGCCAUUGCCACUAUGGCCCCAGAUUUACGUUUAUGCAAGAUGGGGCGUCAAUCCAUCGGGCGAAGACCACAAUGGCCUGGUUUGCGGAGAAUGGGGUGGACAUUUUUGACCACCCUUCCCUUUCUCCCGACCUAAAUCCAAUUGAAAACUUGUGGGGGGUCCUAGCACGUUCGGUUUAUGCGAACGGACGUCAAUUUAUGACACUGCAUGACCUCGUCGAGGCCAUCAAGCGUGCAUGGUCUGGCUUGAGUCAAACUUAUCUCGACAAGUUGAUUCGAUCGAUGCAAGACCGUUUUGUUGACGUUGCACGCAGUUCGGCUGUCUCCGUGUUGUUUAAAGGAGAAGAUCGACGCAACACGGGCAACUAUCGCCCCAUUUCGCUGAUUCCUGUCGAGGUGAAAGCCCUGACUCGAGCACUAGCAUACCGAGUCAAUUCGCUGCUCCCCCUACUGAUCUAUCCCAUACAGAAUGGAGCUGUGAAAGGACGUCGCAUCCACGGCCAUGUGUUGUUUCUCCGGGACCUUCAACACAAACACACGCUCGAUGGCGAGGAAGGCUACGCUAUGUUUCUCGAUUUUGAAAAGGCGUACGACCGCAUCAACUGGGACUUCAUGUUUGAUACUCUGGAGCCCUUUAACUUUGGUCCUCGCUUCCUGCAGUGGCUUCGGCUUCUCCACAACCACCCAGUGGUCCACCUCGUCAUUAGUGGCACGCUCAGCCAAGCCAUUUUUCAAUCGCGAGGUGUGAAACAGGGGGACCCAUUGUCCUCCCUUCUCUUCGUCCUGUCCAUGGAACCGUUAAGCCAACUCCUCCGUGACCAUGAGGAACUUGACAUUACCUUUUCGGAGACUCAACUAGCCACAGUACUACUGUUUGCAGACGACACAACCAUAUUAGCGUCGUCCAUGGAGAACGUCGAGCGUCAGCUUGACCUUGUGAACGAGUUUUGCUCAUACACUGGAGCUCGACUCAACCGCAACAAGUGCAAAAGCUCCAAAGGACAACUCAACCUCAUUUCCGACACGUACUAUGCCUCCUUCAUUACAUGGGGAUGCCGAGUACGCGCCCUUAAGGGUCGGCGUCUCAUUGCUAACCCCAUGAUACUAUCCAAACUGUGGCAAUACGCAGCAGUUCUACCAUUACCAUCGGACCUGACUAAACAAUGGCAGACGAUGUUGACCAAGUACAUUCUGGACCGACGCGGCUACGCGUUCCUCAUAUUCCAUCACAACUCCGACCUCAAUGUGUUCGACGCUUACAACUACUUGUGCUAUCGGAUUCAGAGGAUGUCGGAAUGUGGUCCAUCCUCCCGAAGGAGCUUUGGCAGCGGUGCACCAGGCCAUUCCAUCGCCCGCGUCGAUGGGAUGCUCUGUUCUGUGCCCCAAACAUUAGAACAGCGCUGCUCAAUCUUUCUGUACUGCCAUCAUUUUGGCUGCACGUGUGGGCCGAGUGGGGAAAUGUUCCAAUGA